GAGAACAUUCUAUUACUGUGGGAUGACUUCAGUGGUCAUUGGACCACUGAAGUCAAGGAGUACGCGGCGUCGAUAAACGUGGUUCUGCUAAAGGUACCUCCGCGGUACACGUAUGUGCGCCAGCCAGCAGACACAUCGUGGAAUAAGCCACUCAAGGCUGGUCUGCGAGCGCUGUGGAUUGAGCGGUUGCGGAGUCAGCUUGUCGAACGGCUCCGGGCUGAGUAUGCGGAAGACCCUUUCAAACUGAAGCCACCAAGCCGCAUUGACAUUGCUGAAUGGGUU